AGCAACUAGUGGACGAUAGUAACUAAGAGCACUUGCUUUUGUGGACUGGAUGAAACAAAAAGAUGUCCACCUCCACCACUGAAACAGCGGGAGAAAGCGAGAGCGACUAUGUCGCGCACUCCUUCCUCUUCAUCAAGGGGACGAUGCUCUGCUGUGCGGCAUUUUUUGCGUGGCAGGUACGUCUAUGAUGAUACCACUCCCUCGACAACCGCUCACUUUCAUUAUCACUAGGCACAACCUCGACAACGGCUCACUCUCCUCCAUUAUCACUAGGCACAACCUCUCCUUCAUUACACUCUCCUCCAUUAUCACUAGGCACAACCAUCAUCACCAUCAUCAUCGUGAUCCCCAUCAUCACCAUCAUCAUCCUGAUCCCCAUCAUCACCAGAAUCAGCAUCUUCAUCACCUCGUUACAACAAGUGUCUCCUUUUUAGUACUUCUCCCUAAAACUACCGAGGUAUUUUUCGUACCUCGUAAAUGGGUCACGCCAAUGAUUGUGACUGCGUUGGUAUGCUUCGUUGCGUGGCAACACUAUGUCCUCAUGGCCGACGAGUGGAAGGAUACCAAAUCUGCUCCGACUGUUUACCGAUAUAUGGACUGGUAUACUAUAAAUACUGUGUCUUUGAUGUAGUUGAUAUCACCUUGUUAGAAAUGGGGAAGGUCUACCGAUAUGUGUCUGUGAUGUUGUUGCUAGAAAUAAAUGAACAAGAAGUUUACCGAAGGUUAUAUGUUUAUGGUUGUGGUGGACCGACUCAAUUUAAGAACUCAGUUUACCGAUAUUGAAGUUUGGCGUCCUUUGACAAGAAUUCCGAAGCUCUUCUCUCCAUGUUUCUGACAGUGCCUCUUUUGAAAAGCGCGAUUCUGAUUCCCGAAAAUCUCUUUAGGUUCCUGACAGUGCCGCUUCAGGUAAUUCUUUUUUACCUCGUGAUACGUGCCGCAACACCUGCAGACAAAAAGCCAGUCCACUUCAGUCUUGCUGUGCGGCUAUUUUAUGGCCAGAAGCGCUAAAGUAGCAUAAUCCUGAAAAAUGAGCCUCUUGCGUCGACUUUUUUACUUGAACAACAACAAGUAGAAUCUUCACCAGCAUCCUUGGCUCGUUGUAGUCGAGCAGUAGUACUGAGAACCAAAAAGCACAAAAAGUAGAAGCAGCUCCUGCAUCUCUAACUCUUCGCAACGUCAUCGCUUAUGCUGCUCUUCGGAUACAUGGGGGAGGUGGACAUAAUGGAUCCGAUCGUGGCGUUUGUGCUGUCGUUCUCCAUGUACGCGCUAGUUCUCUACGAAAUUUUUGGAGGUGAGGCAGCAAAAAUCAAUCGCAAAUUGGGCUUAGACGAAGCGAAGCGCUUUCUUGCUAUAUUAUGAUAUGGUGCUUCGAGUAUGAGCUGCAUGUUGAGAUCAUCAUGGGAUGAAGCCAAUAUGUGAUUCAAGAAAGGCGGGAGCAAUCGCAUUAGCAGUUCUUCCAGUCCCUUAUCGUUCUUCAUCCAUUUGCAUUUACUUCUCCUGCGCUUAUUCCCCCUUUCAUGAUCAAUGUUCAUGUCUCCUCCUGGUGGUAACCCUACCCUAAGCCCUUCAUAACCAAUGUCCGGACAGAUAGACGAGGAGAGCUCGGACGAUGAAGAUGCCGCCAGAAGGGGGAAUCCGAACAAUAUGCUGAGUAGGAGUGAAUUGCAGAACAAGAAAGAGCUGAAGUCGCUGAAAAAGAGCAUAGAACGCGUAACUGGAAGAAAGCAGGAUCCGAAAGCGGUAUAUUUCGUGAUGUUCUCAUCUCAUACCCAUAGUCCUCAUACUCACAAUAUCUCUAUCUGAAGAUGGAAUCUCAGAGGCGAUUAUAUACCCAUAGUCCUCAUACUAUUUAGUACAGUAUCUCUAUAUCUAAAGAUGGCCUUCCAUUAAACUUUCUAAGUACUUAGAAGGACGACCACAUUAUGUCUCUAUCUGCCUAGACAGACAAAAAUGCCUCAACAUCGUCCCCUUCUUUCCAGCUUAUGAUGCAAGAAUUCGAGCGACCAGAAGCUCAAGUAGCCUUCGAGACGAUGCGGUUGAUUUUACGAUAUUGUAGUUGGCUUUCUCAGCGUCAGAAAAUAAGCAUAGAAGUAAGUUCUACUAUACAUAGCAGAGUAGUUUAUAGCACGCAUGGUGCAUGGAGUAGCAUGGAGUGCAUGGAGCGCAGAGCUUUAAGGGGCGCAAGAAGCUCCCCCUUUAGCUCCAUGCUUCUCCAUGUGAUCCAUGCACUCCAUGCCGUGCGAGCUGUGAAACCUCAUAAAUUGCUCUGACAUAGUUCUCAUCUUGUUGCUCGUCGCAAAGAUCUUCACGACGAAGAUCUUGGUUUCUCUUAUUCCGUUAUAUCCUUACGAAAGAAAGUGGACAUAGUCUUUGUUGACUUUGUCUUCUUGUCUUUUUACAAACACACCUCGAACAACCGAACAGCACGCCAGCUCUUCUAAUAUCCGUCCUGAUAGGGUGGAUGCUCUAUCCUGUGGCGUACAUCGUUGGGUAUUCGCAUGCAUCUAAAGAGGAUGGCCAUUGGGUCCUUUCCAGCGGAGAGGAAAAAGCCUUGAACCUGAUUUACAACGUCGCAGAUCUCUUGAAUAAGUUAUGGACAACAUGAGCUUACAACAACAGGAGGGACUUUCACGACUGCCUAAGCACCUCCACUCUCCACGUCCACGCUGUGUAGAAAGACUUCUCGACGAAAAUUCUGCCACGAGUCUACAACUCGUAUGUGUAUGUGCAUGCCUAGUGAAGCUAUACUUAAUCUUCGCCACGCCGUCGCACGUAGCGUCCUGGCUGAUGCGAGAAGCCCUUGAAUCUUGAAUCACACAAGAACCCCUCUCGUCUUCUAAGGUGAUGCGUCUUCGGUUUCGCUAUUUUUUUUGCUGCAGCUUCGGAGACUGAACGAGAUAAGGAGAUCCGCAAUGAAAGGAUACAAGUUGAACGCGUAAAUGCGGAAUAUUUGAUGUUAAGAAAAGAGCAAUACAAGACAGCGUAGCUUUUUUACAAUCAACAUCAAUUUUUUAUCUUUUCCUUUUUCCUCAUCUUCUCUUUUAUUUUUCUCUUCCACCUCCUGCUUCUUUUGAAGCUUGACGAGCUAACUCACGAUCUCUCGACGAAGUAGAAACCAAAGACGAAGUAGGAAAAACCGACGCUGCGCAAGAACUUCAAGUACAAAGAAAAGAGCAAUACAAGAACUUCAAGUACAAAGAAAAGAGCAAUACAACUUCAAGUACAAAGAAAAGAGCAAUACAACUUCAAGUACAUCAAGGGACGUUACAAGGGACACCCGAGGACGGCGCCUGAAGAAGUAACGGAAUCUGCGGUGAUCCGAAGCACUACAACUGGCACAUUACAACUGACACAUCAAAUACAAUAUAGACGCUCUAGCGUGUAGCCCUUCCAACAAUAUAGACGUUCUUGAAGUGAACCACGUGAAGGAGCUCUUAAUGAACUAUAUCGUGGAGAUUCUAAUAUUACCUUCAGGGAAGACGGGUGCUACAUCUACUACGGGCUUGUUUGGUGGCCGGAUGAUGCCUCAGCAAGGCAUGUUUCAACUAGGAGGCGGCAGACUGAUGAUGCCACCACCUGCGGGAGGAGGGUAUGUCUAUGCUUGUUACAUAAGUUUUUUUACUGACAAUGCAUCCAUGAACAAUGUAUGACAAAAAUGUUAAGUAUUUUUUAGCUGCACGCUUUUCGAUCACCCAACGAACCCCACCAAUUGCAGAUUCGGCCCUUUCGGUUUUACAGCAGCCAAGCCAGGAGACGGAGCAGGCGAUGUUCUGGGCGCGUCAAUAAAGAGUAACACGCUAAUGCAGCCGGGAAUUCUUGCGGCGAGCCCUACACUUUUAGGGUAUUGCUAGAUGAACUACUUCUCUGUCUCUUUGGACAUUUUUAGAUGCGGUUCUGUUUCUGAUCAUGUCCGAAACAAAAGAAUCUUGAAUCUUCAAACCAUUUCUUCACCAGUUCGCCAACCGUGCGCGGUGCGAAGGACGCAGGGGAGGGUGCACACAGUGACCGCGGAUCACCGAAAGCAUCAAAUUAAGGUGUGUAGACUAUAAGAAAUAUAUCUUGAACGAACAGAUACCGUGAACAUGAAGAUCCAGAUUUUUCUUCGCCUCCUCUACUUCUCCUCAAGCCUCGUCUAAGUAUCAUUCACGGUGACAGGCGUUGUGUCACCUGGCACCGCUAGUCCGAGAGAGGUGCUCACCGCUGCAGCAGCGCAAGCUUCGCCAGGAAGGAAUGGAAAUAUAGGCUCCUCAUCUUCAUCGCAGCAGCAACAUGAUUAGGAGGCGUUUUAUUUCCCUAUUGGGUAUUCUUAUAAUAUGAUUGACGUUCGUCAAAGUAUUGGAGAUGAGGAUGUAGUUGGCAAAUACAGAAAAAAUUCGUUUCUGGUUUAUGGAGCAUGCCAUAAAUGGUUGUUAAAAAAGCAAGUAGAAGAAGUACUUGGAAGAUUUUUUACGUUCACCAUACAUAGGACCCUCUAAGUACACAGCAACAAUGGCAGUGGUGGGGCAGGUGGAAGCGGCGUGAUGAGCACCGCUGGGAUCCCAGGCGGCGCACCUGUAGCAUUUGGUGGUGGAUUUCCUAGUGGUACGAUGAUGCCGGGACAACAGUUCUUCGCACCAGGAGGGGGCAACUUUAUUUAUGUUGGUGGAAGGAUUUCUUGUAGUUGUACAACGUCUUUCUGCGACGUCCGUGUGCAAAUAUUUCAAGAACAAGUUGUCUUGUCCCUGUACAGCGUUGACGUAGUGAUCAACAUUUUGAAGUAGAGACAUGCCCAAGAGUCCUGAUUCUUCUCGAUCUUGCGUCAAGAAGUCUAAUCCUAGCAAACGCCUGCUUCGGGAUCGUCGUUUAUGGCCGUAACGCCGCAAGCUGGCGGCAUGCAACCUAUGGGAGUGGGGAUGCCCAUGAUGGUGCCACAGCAUCCAAAUAUGAUGCAUAUGCCACAGUUAAGGACUUCUUGUUCUAUCUUAACUAUCAGCAUUUAUAAAUAAGCAAAAAUAGUGAUUUAGAUUUUGACAUCUGUCUGCGUCUGUUGAAGACUCUGAGUGAUUCUCAAAAAAGGUCGUUGACAAGAUUUUCAGGUCUGUCUCCUACUACAACUAGAAGUCGCAUCAACUUCAACAUGAUCUUCAAGAAGCAUUUCCGUGGUAUCAACUUCAACAUGAUCUUCAAGAAGCAUCUUCAACAUGAUCUCCAAGUAAGAAGUACUCAUAUAACGGAGAAUAUUACUGCAGCACAAAUUACACAGUACUAUGAUAGCCUCUCAAUCGAACCUUCUCCUUCUUCCACUAAGACUGCAGUAUAAUUAUGGGUAUCCUGCAAUGGGCUAUAGUGGUCAAGAUUUUGGACGACCAGUGGAUCAUGGGAACACACGCACAAUAGAACGAGGGGCGAGCGGUGGCGGUGGAGGAUGUAUCGACAUUAUAUAUAUUGCAUAGAAGUACUCCCGCUUAAGAGUUCUUCGGAUAUUUUUCAUGAUGAUCAUGAUGAAGUUUACUGCAUCGACGACUCCUGUUCUCGUUCCAAGUACUUACCCUCUUUCCCUUUGAAACUCUUUUUCCCUUUGAAACUCUUUUUCCUUCUAAACGUUGCUCAGGAAGAUGACUUUUUUUCCUCAUGUUUGAUGUCCUUGAUGGUCCGUUCAAAAGAUACAAUCGCGAAUCCGACCUACGGCCGUGGUGUCCCUUCAAAACAAGGUGCCGAUACUCCUUCGGACUUCGAGGACGACGUCGCCCAUAACAUUUCCCUCUCAAAACGAGGCGGACCCAUUGUCAGUUUAUGUUGAAGGGUUUUUCAUAUUCUCAUAAUUAAAAAGAUGAAUAAUUCGAGUUCUUAGAGUCCGCAGAACAAAUUGCAUCUUAUUUGUUUUUCUUGUGCUUUGUCCUCUUAUUUUCUUAGAUGACGAAUCUUUUCAUAAUUCGGUGGCGAAAGUGGAGGUGAUCAGAAGCCGCGACGCGCAAGCAUCUCCGUAGAUCCGUUGACAGGUGGCAUAUCACUCGGAGGUGGUGGGAAGAAACGAAGUAGCAUCACUUAUGGCACUAAGAAUCAAUAAGAAUAAGAAAUGUACCUCUAAAGGGAUUAUCCAGUUAGGGGAUGUACUAUCACUUGCCUAGCGAUACAACCAGCGUCACGUUCUACCUGCGCCUGUGUCGAGGGGGCACUACAACUAGUGUCCUUUCUGAGGUCCAUUAGCCUUACCCCUGCUCUAAAUCACGAUGAACCCAGAGACCGGUGGAAUUUGCAUCGGCGAUGCGAAAAACGGUGGCAUGGAGAUCGUGCUUAAGGGAAGUAAGCGCAGCAGCACCACCAAGUCGCCAGCUAAGAAGGUCAGCGCCGGUGGAGAUGGACAGAUGAUUGUUAUUUCCUAGUAUCUAUGGGAUUCGUAGUAGUACACCGGUUUGACUUUGACUGGUGAGUGUGACUAGAAAGCACUGGAUCAUGAGCCACGACAGUUUAAUCAUCAUGGUAGUACUCCCUACAGGAGGUACAGUAGAAAAAAUAAGUAAAUAUAACGUUUCUAUUUCAGCUGCAGAUCAUAAACUGUAAAUGUCGUGUGACUUUUUUUUUGCAAUUAUUGGUUAGACGACUAAUACUUGACCAUGAUGUGAUUAAUGGUGUGUACCCUUUUAACCUGGCUUUCUAUUUCAUAGGAAGCUGGUAGUUAAUAGAAGGGACCAGCAUUUCCCAGCUGGGCUAGUAUUGGAGUCGGCCUUGAAAUCGGCUGCCAUUUUGUCUCUACGGUGGUCGCGAAUAACCAUAUCACGAGCACACACAUGACAUCAAACAAGAGUAUCUUCUUGCCGUAUAUCCGAAACAAAACCAAUUAUAAUCGUAUCGAUAGAGUCUGAGUCAUCGCGACUACUUGUGGCCUAAACCUAAACCUAAGAACCUAAAAGUUAGUGACCAUCCGCAAGCAUCAACUUCAAGAUGAAUAUUGCACAUUCACGAUCAGCAUCUGCAUCAGAAAGUGAAGAUAAAGUUUCAACAGCAUUAGGCUCGUUGUAGUACUAGCACGUUGUCGUGCAGCAAUAUUUCAGUCCCUUUUCCUGCAUUCUUUGUACAAUCACGGACUUAACUAAAUACGUAGUUGCUUCUCCGUAUUAGGUAGGGCCUUUUCUUUGCACAUGUUGAUUGUUGUACAAGAACAAGUGUCACCCCGAGUCAGUAUGUCAUAUGAGUGAGGUGGAAGUUACCACGCAAGUAGGAUAAGUAUUGAUCAUAGUGGCGUAUUAGUGAAUGCAUAUGCAAGUGAGAUGGACAAGCCCUUCUUUCUGUAGAAGUUGCCAGUUUGCACCCAAAAGUUAGUAAAAACAAAGACCUCAUGUCAGGCACAUCAAUCAAUCAAUCGGUGCGGACGAUGAUUAUGGUCUAUAUUCUUCACCGCCCAACCUAAUCAUGACCAUCUUUCUACUGACCAAUAUUUGCUAUCGAUCUUCAAUGAUGCAAGCAGAAGUCACCUG